ACCAUGGCUGAUUAUAAAGAUUAUCACCUGCAAGGAAUUGAAGCGCGACGACUUCACUCACAUUCACACCAAGAAGCCUCUGGUUAUAAAUGCAUGGAGGCCCUCACAGCCCAAUGGGAAGAGACCUCAAUGUGUAAAAACCUAUCUUAGCACAAAUCCAGAAGAGAGCUGGUACGAUUUUUCCUGCAAGGACCCUGAUCUCCAGUGGUCAUCUUGCACUGCUUGUAAAAUACCAUAUACAUUAGAGACUUCAGUAGUCAUCACUCUAAAGGGACUUUGUUUAAAAACUAUGUUUGACACCUCCUACCAGGUUAUCAACGAUGAGGAGUCUGGAUAUGUAUCAUACAUAGGGAACAAGGCAACCACCAUUAAAUAUGAUGCAAAGCAAAGACUGUGGAUUAUGGAGAAUGUAAACAAUCCUCAACUUAAUGGCAUAUCUGAAGCAGCCCUAGAGACCUAUGUUAUGGGCACACACAACUGGACUAUCAAAAAUGAUAUUGAUUGCCCUAAACAGAAAAUGAUACUUCUGACCUUCUCUACCUGCACAGAUAAAGAGUUUACUUGUAGUAAUGGAUUAUGCAUCGAUAUUAAGAGGAGGUGUGACAGCAGAACAGACUGCAGAGACAAAAGUGAUGAAGUUGGUUGUUUAAGGAUAAAUCCUGAUAAAUCUUAUCAGAAACACAUUGCCCCACAGCCACUCUUAUCUCAGAACUCCUCAAAGAUUAUAAUAAAGGUGUCAGCGGACAUAAUGGAUAUAUUAGACAUUGAUGAAAAAGCUUCUAUUUUUCAGGUUCAAUUCUAUCUUCAUUUCUCUUGGUACGAUGGCAGACUAACAUUUUAUGAUCUUCGUAAUGAUUCUGGACUCAACAACUUGUCACCAGCAGAAAUGGAGCUUCUUUGGAUUCCAGUUCUGGUGUUUGAUAAUACUGAGAACAAGGCGACUACUAUGGUCGAUGAUGAAGCUAGUAUUACUAUUAGGAAGGAGGGAGCUCCAUAUCUAUCUGGUAAAGAUAUAUACAUAAACAGAGAAUAUUACGAUGGAGCAGAAAACCUAAUUACCCUAUCUAGAUUCUACAAUACCAGAUUUUUAUGCACAUACGAUCUUCAGUGGUAUCCAUUUGAUAUUCAAAACUGUCAACUUCAGCUCACCAUGUUUGGAAAAUCAGGAGAUUUUUCAACAUUGGAGACUGAGAUCCUGAACUUCUUUGGUAAAAGAUCAUCCAAAGAGUUUGUUGUUGAAAACUAUUUCAUGAGGGUAUCGGAAAACAACGGAAAAACAACUUUAAAGGAAAUCUGUCAAUUUAAGAGCAAAAAUUAUUGA